AUUCCCACGCCACCUGCGACCGGUCGCCCGGGUACCCACAGCUUAGCGCCUGCGCGGACUGCGGGCGUCUGUCACCAUGGCAACGACCGCUGGGGGCCCUGGAUCUUGGAGUGAAAAUAUACUGCAAUAUUUUCUAAGAAAUAACCAGAUCACAACAGAAGAUGGCGCCCAGAUCACCUGGUAUCACGCUGCUAACCACAAGGCACAAGUGAAGGAGGCACUGAGGAGUACUGCUCACAUGAUAGAGGCUGAUGUCCUCCUUCCAAGUGAGGGAUCAGACCAUGACCAGCCGAUCAUGGCCCAUCCUCCUGAAACAAGCAGUGAUAAUACUCUACAGGAAUGGCUGACCGAAGUUAUGAAAAGCAAUAAAGGCAUCAAGCUGGAUUUCAAGAGUCUGGCAGCUGUAGAGCCGGCCAUGGUGCUCUUGGAAAAUGUGAAGCAGCAUCUGAAGCGUCCUGUCUGGAUUAAUGCUGAUAUUCUUCCUGGCCCAAAUGGGAACAGCAGAGUAGUGGAUGCAAAACCUUUUAUAGACACUGUGACUUCCUUCUUUCCAGAUGUGACAUUUUCCCUCGGUUGGACAACAGGAUGGCAUCCUGAAAAAGUCAAUGAAGGUUAUAGCUGGACAAUGGUGAAAGAGAUGGAAUGCAUAUGUAAUGAACUAAGUCAACCUGUAACUUUUCCUGUCAGAGCAGCGUUGGUCAGGCAGUCUUGUUCUCAGUUACUUUGGCUGUUAAAACAAUCAAACAGGUACAGCCUGACUCUUUGGACUGGAAAAAAUGAUAACUAUUCCAUUGAAGAUUUACUUUGUAUUAGAGACCAGUUUGACAAAAAACAAGUUUUCUAUGAUAUCUUGGAACCACAAAAUCAUGAAUUUAAACAAGCCAUUGGAAUCAAAGUUAAUCUCUAAGAAGAAGAUUGUUCUAAAUUAUUUCUAAAUUAUUUUGGUUUCAUAAUCUAGAUUGUUCUAAAUUAUUUUGGUUUCAUAAUCCUUCUCUGCUUUGGUCUGAAUUAAUUACCAUAUACAUUAUGAUGACUGAGUUAUGUUCCAGUUCAUCCCAUCAAAAAACACUUAUUGAGUGCUCACAAUAUAUUAGACAUAUGCCCUUAUAAUACUGUACUUACCUAAAAGAUUUGGAAAGAAGAGAUUUCAGUAGGCCUAGUCUAAUAAUUUAGAAAAAUGAUGUUUUAAAACCCUUUAUAAAAAAUAAUUUUCAUAUACUGAAGAUAACCGAAAGAAUCCAUAUGUUAUAAUAGGUACGUUUGAUAAGUCACAUUUUGUUGGCACUUACAUUCCAGAGAUCCACAAAAAUGUGACACCCUCUUCCCAUUUUCCUGGAGAAAUAGUUAUUUCAGAGACUACCAAAGAGUAGGAAGGCUUCAAAAGUGUUUUUAACUCUCACGGGGCUGAACAGCUUUCUCAACAAAAUCAGACCCACUUACUGAAAACCAUAUAAAUUAAAUUAGGUGGGUCUAGAAUUUCCAUAUUGUUGGGAGAGUGCUGACUGCUAUGUAUAUUUUUGUAUUCUUUGUUUCAAUCAUGGUAUCUUCUCUAUAGUGAGCAAAAUGCUCUUGGAGAGCAGAAUUUUAAUCCUGGUAAUAUGUCAUUUGAUUUGCAAAUUUCUGACCAGCACCGCCUUAGUUCAGGCCCUUGUUCUGCUCCCAGAAUUUCAAAGCCUAGUUCUCCAUGACUUCAUUCUUCACUCAGAGAUACCCUGAGUAUUUCUGCUGAUGAAAAAAAAUUUAGAACACCCCUUUAUUAAUGCCAAAUCCCAAAACUCCAGGGGCUUCUUAAAACCAACUUUAUUAAGUUUUACUCUUUCAAGGCCCUUGCUAACAUACCCUUACUCUAAAAGCCCUUCGGUGUCCUCCAGCACAGUUCCUUGUCCCAAAGGUGCCUAUGUCAGCAGUCUCUAGAUCUUACCUACUAAUUUUACCUAUUUAAAAUUGUUCAGUAAUUGCGUCCUACAUGUUAGGCCCCUUCAGCCGACUAUAAUGUGCUUCAUGGUAAGGGAGCAUGCCUUUUGUGUUUAACCCUCACCCAAGGUUAUGUUUUUAUUGAUUUUUAUUGAUUUUUUAGAGAGAGAGAAGGGAGAGAGAGAAAGAACACCCACUUGAGAGAGAAACCUCAGUCUGUUGUGUCCCAUUGGCUCCCCUGCCAGGGAUCAAGGCUGUGACCUGGGUACCCCCUGGUGGGGAGUCCCAGCCGCCAGCUUCGGGGUGCGGGAGGCGCCCCCCAGGCGAGCCGCCCGCCGGGAGCUGCUUUACUGCCCCGCCAGUGCGGGGCAGGGCCCUGAGCAAGGCAUGCAGAGGAACCUCGCAGCUUGGAUCCACUGGAAAGGACCUUACCGCCCUGCCUGGGUGGCUCGGUGGCGAGGGCACCGGCGGGAGGCCCGAAGGGCCCGGGGUUCAUCUGCCAAGGCCGCGCCCCUCAGUGCAGGCUCCAUCCCCCAGGCAGGGCGCUGCGGGAGGCAGGGGGUCGGGGUGUCUCAUGUCGACGGACCUCUCUCUCUCUCUGUCUCCCCCGCCCCCUCUCUGAAAAGAAAUGGGAAAAAUAGCUUCUGGUGAGGAUUAAAAGAAAGAAAAGUAAUUUAACAAUGAGUAUCCUAAGAUACGUAAUUUGCCUUUUGUUUAUUGACCAUUUUCUCCCAGAGAAUAAAGUAGUUCCUUUUAGGAAAAAAAGAGCUUGGGUACUGAAUUCAGGCAGACUUCCCUUAUAGCCCCACCUCUGUCCCUUACUAGACGUAGAUUUGGGGAAAUAUUUAACCUCAUUGAGUCUUGGUUUCCUCAUCUAUAAAAUGGGGGGGCGGGGGAGGGUGAGGACUCUCUGUGGGGUGGUUGUGAGGUUUAAGGAGAUCUGUCCUAAAGGAGGCGACUAGAUCAGUGCUGGUCAGAGCAGGGCUCGCUCCAAGGUAGACCGGUGGGGAGCAGUAAGAGAUGGAACAUGGAACAUUGUGGACAUACAAAUACUUAAAACAGUCAUGUUUCCACUUUAAAUUUCAGCUCCAACUGAAUGCGGUACAAUUUGUCAAAUAACACCUAAAACUUCACUUUCUAUCAUUGUUUGCCCAAAGCAAAAGGUACAAUGUCAUAAUUUUAAAAUUUUAACAAUUGCAACAAAGAACACCUCUUAAAAUUAUGGUAAAAAUUGUUUAAUUUAUAAAUAUUCUACAAUGACCAUGCUUUUCUUUUAUAAAGGGAGUUGAAUUUGUAAAUGAACUGCAUUUUAAUGAAGUUGAAAUAAAAUUCAUUUGUCCAGA